GCCUCCUGCCACCAGGAGCUGCCCAGCUCUCUGGGGAGAGGUUUGGCUGCAGGAGGUGCCAAAGGCUGGGGUUGCUCUCCCUGUUCCAGUCCUGUUUAACCCUUGGAUUGGGAUGGGCUGGCACCGAGGGGUGGCAGAUUCCCACAGAGGAAUCUGCCCCAGAGGCCAGAGGCAGGGAUUGAUCCCUGCAAGAAUUCAGGGUUUGGUGCCAGAGCAGGACACAGGGAGGCUUUGCUGUUGACCAAGGAAUUCUGUGACUGUGACUGAUUCCCAAGCCAGUUCUGGAAAGGACUGCGAUCCAUGUCAUAUAAAAUGACAAAAUUAGUGACCUGGACAGAAGAGGAAGUCAGCUGCAGCUGAUCAUAGUGGCUCCUUCUGCCUUUAACAAUUUCAUUUUCACUUCUGUUCCACACCUUCAGGGAUGAGUAACUUUUUCUCCACUAUGCCACUUGUCAAGAAGCAAGCGAGGGAAGGCAGCAGAGGAAAUCUGGGGCUGCUUACUCAGUAAGGCAUGAAGAUAAUGGCUGUGUGAUAUUUGCUCAAGAAAACCAAACGAGGCUCCUUGGAGCUCUGCUUCCCUUCUUGGGAAAGCACAGAAACCCUCAGCUGUUGGAUGUGGGAUGUGAGCUGGCAGCAAUUUCUCCUUGCCACAGUGGGACUGUGAAAAACCCUUCAUUCUCUGCAGGCACCAGGGAUUCUGCUGCAGGCUUUGGGGUGGCACUGGAGCUGGGACCACACUCCUGUGCUCAGGCAGCACAAGUAUGAGACCUUUGGCUUUGUUUUUGAGCUGGAGCCUUUCUCUUUCACCCCAGCCUCUCAAUUCAUCUCACUGAUGCCAAAGACUUGCAGCUCUCACUCUUGUUAUUUCUCUCUCUGUCAGGAGGUGAAGAUUUUCCGUGCCUUAAUCCUUGGGGAGCUGGAGAGGGGCCAGAGCCAGUUCCAGGCUCUCUGCUUUGUGACCCGGCUGCACCGCAACGAGAUCAUCCCCAGCGAGUCCAUGGCAAAGCUGCGGCAGAAAAACCCCCGGACAGUGAGGCAGGCAGAGGAGGUGCGAGGUUUGGAGCAUCUCAGCAUGGACGUGGCUGUGAACUUCAGCAAGGCAGCGCAGCUGAGCUCCCACAUCCACAACGUGUGCGCAGAGGCCAGGGAGGCCAUUUACACCCGCGAGGAGGAUGUCAAGUUCUGGCUGGAGAAAGGGGUGGACGGCUCCAUGUUCGAGGUGCUGCCGCAGGGCUCGGACCUGCCGGAGCUGCAGCGCUGCCGGCUGUGCCUGGACCGCUGGAAGCCCUGCAUCUGCAGCUACUCGCUGAGCAUCGAGUGGUACCCCUGCAUGCUCAAGUACUGCCGGAGCCGCGACGCCGGCGGCAAGGUGUCCUCCUACAAGUGCGGCAUCCGCAGCUGCCAGAAGGGCUACACCUUCGACUACUACGUGCCUCAAAAGCAGCUCUGCCUCUGGGAUGAGGAAACCUAGAGCCAGGCCAGACUUCCCAGGGGUGGCUCCUCUGCCCUGGCAGGGGGCUGGCUGCUCCGAAGAAGGAAUGCUGUUCACAGUGGUGCCUUGUGCUCUGUGUGUGUGCCUUUCCUCGCCCCGUGCUGUGACAAGCAGGCUCAGCUGGCUGGGUGGUGAUGCUCUGGCUCCCCGGAGCAGGAGAUGCAGGUUUUGGGGUGAAGCACAGGGAAAGGGGUGUGCUGCCCUGCUCUGGAGCUCCAAGGGGCGCUUCCCAGCCUCGAGCUGAGCGGGCAGGGCAAGGAUCUUGCUGACCUGGGUUGCCAAACAUGUCUGCCACUGAAGAACCCCCUUCGCUGCCUUCACCACCUCCUGGUGACACAACCACGGGGAAACAGCUGAAUUUUGGGACCACACCCCUGAACAAGGAAGGUUUGAAGCCCACCCAAAGCAAGAACCUGCCUGUAGCUUUUUCCUAGUGCCUGACUGGCUGUUUUAUCCCCCCGUGGAUGGAAGAUACACUGGGGGAUAUAGCCCAGCAUCCUGUGCCCCUAAAGGGCUGGUAAUUAGGGCUUGAAUUAAUCCCUAUCUAGACUAGUGAAGGCCCAACUUUUUGUGUUGGUCUUGUGACUGUUCCACUAAGAAAGAAACAUCUAGAGACUCGUGACUACCAGCCUGACCCUGUGGUUGCAGGGGGAGAGGAGGAUGCCAGGUGGGUUUUGAAGAAGACAGGAUCCUACAUCCACAUCCAGUUUUACAUCCUGCUCUGCCAGCUAUUCACAAGAAGCUCUUAAAUAACUGUACUGCUUUGCUGUGCCUUGGUUCCCCCUAUAUGUUAAACAAGGAUGACACUGAAGUUGUCCUUGGCUCUGGAAUAUUCCUGGAGGGAUCAGACAAAAAGCGCUGGAAGUGCUGCUUGGUUCUGUGUCCUCUUCCACUCAAAUUAGGACAAGCACAGAGGGGAGAGAAGCUCUUGGGGUCUUUAGGAACCUCCUGUGCCUCCUGGUGAAAAGCCUUCACAAUGUGCCUUUUUGCCUAAAAUACAGGAAUUUUUG